AUAAAGUGAUGAGACCUAUAGAAGGAAAUGGACAUGCGUAUCUUCUCUCCAACAUUUCAUUUCACUCACUCAUUCUAAACGUUUCUCAUCUCUUCAACAUUUCUAUACUUUCAAUUUCAACAUUUCUAUAAAGGAAAAGCGCGAAUACAACAACGCUCGCCUCUUUCUGUUACUCUGAAGAUUAGGUCAUGGCGUGCUCUGAUGAAGAACACGAUCGAUUAAGCAAUCUCCCAGACGAUUUGAUUUGUCAUAUUUUGUCUUUCCUAUCAACAAAAGAGUCUUACAGAACAUGUGUUCUAUCCACAAGAUGGGAGUCGAUCUGCACCAAGAUUCCCAGCCUUCGCUUUGAAUUACCAGAGAUUUCAGACCCUUUUCUGUCCAAAUAUAUCAAGUCUGUUUACCAAGAAUAUAUAAGAAAACAAAAUCUUGAUAGUGAGAAAGGUUGCGAACCACAUGAUGUUCACAUGUGGGUUUCAAAGGCAUUUGUAAAUUUUGCUCUGCUAAGACGCACCGAAAAUAUAAGAAAACUAAGGCUUUAUAGUGAGAAAGGCUGCCAGCCAAAUGAUGUACACAUGUGGGUCUCAAAGGCUUUAGAUCUCAAGGUCCAGGAACUUGACUUGGAUUUGUUUCUCCAUGAAAAAACCUUGUUGCCGCUUAGGCUUUCCACUUGUGAGUCACUUGUGGUCUUAAAAUUGCGGGGCAGAAUUCAACCAACACUCAAUUCUUCUCUUCAUGUAUAUUUACCGUCACUAAAGAUUCUUCAUCUCCGAUCAACUGUGAUAUAUUCUUUCUUUGAUGAUCAUAGAGAGUAUGAUCUCAAUAAUUUUCUAUCUGGUUGUCCACAUCUGGAGGAACUUUAUUUAAAUGAGACCUUUCGAAUAGCCAUCAAUACCUCUUUUCACUUCUUGAAGAGAUUAUACCUUUCUUUAUUUGUUCCUAUUUCUGUUUCUAAAAUUUGUCCAGUACAAAUUAAUGCCCCGUCACUUGAAGUUCUUUCUAUUAUUGAUUUUUCAUUGACUCCUAGAAAAUAUGAGUUUGCAAACUUGUCCAAUAUUCAUCAAGCUACUCUUUCCAUUUGUCAGAGUCCGGAUUUUAACAGUUUGUAUACACUCUUGAAAGGACUUUCUAAUGUCAAAUCAUUGGCUCUCGGUUCUAACACAUUUCAUUUUCUCAGCAUGGAGGACAAACUUGACAACUUACAUCUUCUCACUUUUCACAGUUUAUUAUUUUUAUCGGUUGAAAUAUCUGAGAGAUGCAGUUGGAAUAUGCUCGUCAGCUUUCUGCAGAAUGCUCCAAAACUUACGUAUCUUGCAAUUAAGAGAAAAAUUGAAAUCAAUUCCCGAAGAAAGGAGGUUGGAAACUCGAGUUGGGUGGAGCCAUCAGUGACUCCGACAUGUCUUACAACCAGUCUCAUUACAUUUGAAUUUAAAGGAAUUCAAGACAUAAAAACUGAGUUGGACUUUACGCGAUAUAUUGUAAGUCACUCAAAUAAGUUAGAGAAGGUAAAGAUUUUCACACCCAGUUUAAAGAAAAGAAGAGUAGAAAAAAGCUUACGCAAGGGGUCAAAGAAAUCCUCCGUACUAGUAUGGGAUAUUAAUUCAAUUUGAAGAUCAUUUGGAUGCCUUCAAGGAUUCAAUCAAGACUACUCGACACUUUUAAUCUAGUUAUGAAAACUUAUGUUGGUUUGUUGCAUUCAAGAGCAAGUUAGAUGUUAGAUAUAAAACACAAGUUAACCAGAUAGAUUAAAAGUGUUAUGCAAAGUCAAUGUUUUUACUGUUAUCCAAUAGGAACUAUUGCUUCUAAAUCAAAACUGUCCUGUGUAGGAUUUGCGUGUAAAUAUUCAGUCUUGUUCCAUACUUGUCAGAGUAUACAAUUUCAUCUACUUUAUAUUGAUAUUGAUACAGCUCUUUUUUGAGCUGUUCUUGCCCAAUAAAAAUAUUUAAGUCAUCAAAGCUUAGUGAGUGAGUUUUAAGAGAAGGCGUGUUAUAUUCCAAUGUGAAGUUGAUUGGAAUUGAUGCCCCUAUGUGUGUGUCUGUUUAUUCUACGAUGAAAUCAGAUUGUAUGCUCGAA